GGCCGGAAACGAGGCGCCGAAACAUCCGCCCUCCUCUCCUUCACUCCUCCUCACCAUCAUUGUGGUGGAAACGAGCGGCGUGCGGACAUCUCCAACCGGGAUUCACGGCACGUUGAAACCGAGAGGAAGAAGAAAAUCUUUCACCAGUCAUUCCAGUUGAGGUCAAAGGUCAACUACCAUCAUGGCGGACGAUGCGAAUAUGCGCAACGAGCUGGCCGACCUGCAGACUCGCGCCGACGAGAUCACCGACGAGUCCCUGGAGAGCACUCGUCGCAUGAUCGCUCUGGUGGAGGAGAGUAAAGAUGCCGGCAUCAGGACUCUGGUCAUGUUGGAUGAGCAGGGAGAGCAACUCGAUCGCGUGGAGGAGGGCAUGAACAAGGUCAACGCAGACCUGAAGGAGGCCGAGAAAGAUUUAAAAGAUAUAGGCCAGUGCUGCGGUCUCAUAUGCCCGUGUAUUCAAAAGAUUAAGGGCGGGGGCCAGGCCUGGGGAGCCAACCAGGAUGGAGUAGUGAACAGCCAGCCGGGCGCUCGAGUGAUGGACGAACGCGAGCAGAUGGCCAUCAGUGGGGGCUUCAUCCGCAGGGUAACAGACGACGCCCGCGAGAACGAGAUGGACGAGAACCUGGAGCAGGUGGGCGGCAUCAUCGGCAACCUGCGUCACAUGGCCCUGGACAUGGGCCAGGAGAUCGACACCCAGAACCGGCAGAUCGACCGGAUCAUGGAGAAGGCGGACUCCAACAAGACCAGGAUCGACGAGGCCAACCAGCGAGCGACAAAGAUGUUGGGCAGUGGCUAAACUCUGUGAAGUGUCCCUCCCCUCACACACUACAGUCCCGGUACAACUACACAACACAACACAACACAACACACACACACAACAUGUGUCCCCCCCACCCCCCCCGCGCUUGUUUUGUUGGCCCGCGGGCGCCAUGCUUUUAUUGUGUAGGAGCUUUGCAGAUCUCAUCACGGUGCAUGGUGUUGUCGUCCCUUCACACAUGCUAGUUGUGUACAUCCACACUUUUAGUUGUGUCGUCUCUUCCGGUACAAAGUGAUGUCUCAUAAAGGAUGAAACAAAGAUGUUGUUGUCAUGUCGGACUCUUCCGAUGCAUUUAUUUUGAAAUGUCACCUUCAAGUUGACAUUUUUAUUGGCCAUGAAAGACUUUUUUCUCCCCCGCCUCCUCGUGUUUUUAUCUCCAUGAAUCAUGCGUGUCGUCAGUAGUUGAAGAAGAAUGCGGCAUGCUGUGUACAACACGCAUGUACAGUACAGUAAAUAUGAACAGGAAGUACAGUAAAUAUGAACAGGAAGUACAGUAAAUAUGAACAGGAAGUACAGUAUGUAUGUACAGGAAGUACAGUAGCUCACUCCGUCUGCAAUAGUGCCACCUUUUCUUUUUUUUUUUUUUUUUUUUUUUUGUCUUUCAUGUUCUUGUGAGCCAACA